AUGACACCGAGCCACGCCGCGGAUAGGGAAGAAGAAGGGUGGGAAGUCGGGAAUUUGAGAUACGCGCUGUUGGGCAAGGGCCUGGACAAGGCCAUCGAUGAGCUGGAAGUCUGGCACAGGACGUUUGACCAGUCGUGGUACCUCAUCAUGAAGGCGGCGACGCCACAGAUCGACGCUGAGUUGGACAACCUCAAUCGUCACCAUCAGCCGGGCCAUGCCCGUGCGUCCAUCUCCAGCGCGAGGUUGGUGAGAGCGGCCCUGAACGAUCAAGCCGGGGCCACCACACCCAUCUUCCUCCGCGCCGACGGUCUUGACUCGAUCCAAGUAUCCGCGAUCCCUCUGUGCUCGGCCGAGUUUGGGCGGCGCGUGAAUUCCACCAGCGACGUGAUCCUGGACCACAUCACGCUCCCCGUCGCCAGGGCCAACGCCCGCGCCUUCAAGAGGAGUAUCCGCGAUCUGGUGAGGAAACUCUCCCACGCGGAUCCGCUAACGUUCGGGCUCCUGAACUGCAAAGGCGUUGUGGAACACGGCGACAGCACUACUCCCAGUAGUAAUGCUGAUGAGAACCAGAGUACCGUCUUCACAAUGGUCUUCCGACUGCCCCGAGAAUUCUCCUCGCCCCGGAGCCUCCGCAACUGGCUUCUGGACAGCGAGGCAACGCACUCUCUGUCGGCCCGGUUCAAGAUGGCCGCCCAGCUGGCGCAGUCGAUCGGGCACGUGCACACCUUUGGAUUCGUGCAUAAGAACAUCCUGCCCGAAACCAUAUUGGUCAUGGACACGCCCCUCUCGAUGACCACCAGAACCACCGCACCGACGACCGUCCACGCUGUCUGCAUGGUCGGGUUUGGAAACUUCCGCGACGCCGAGGGGAGCACGCUGCGUACGGGGACUGCCUGUGGGAGAAGAACAUCUACCGCCACCCGCGGCGCCAGGGCCUGA